CAGAGCGGCAAAGGACGGUGCGUUUAAGCAAAGUGGACGCCCAGGUGACGGAGCAAGGGCACCGCGGCGGCCAAAAGCCGUACCCCAACCCUCAUCCCGAAAAACAGUGCAGUACGCCCGCGGGCGCUUGAAACGCACCGGGCUCCUCGGGCUUCCCCUCCGCGCCCCCACCUGUAGGUCAGCAACCCCGAGCUCCUUCUUGCUCGAGUGUUUUGGAAAGUGUCAACAGAAACCCAGAGGCCAGACAAUGUGACGGGAGAUCAUAAAUACGCAGAGGAGCUGGAGCCCAAAGAGCGGACGUAUGGAGCCAGGGCUCGCGGGGGUCGGGGAUCUGGAGCCGGGCCCUCGCUGCCGCGGCCGCGCAGGCGGUGCCAAGACCGGGCAGGCGGCGCCGGCGCACUCCGGUCACCGAGGCUGCAAAAGGGGCCCCGGGCGGGCGGCCGCACACCUCGCAGACGGCGGGCAGCAGUCGCAGAGACCGCCGCCCCGGGGCUCCUCCGCCGACCCUCCGUCCGCCGCCGCGCUCGGCCCGCUGCCGCCGGGCGCCCGACCCGAGCCUCGGAGGCGGCCGCUGUCCCCGGCCGCGCGGCCCGGCUGCAUGGAGCCUGGCGCGGGGUCCCGGACGGCCGAGCCCACCGCGGCGCGAGAAGCCACCGCGCGCCACGCCGAGGGCAGGAAGAAGAUGGCGGCGGCGGUGGCGGCGGCGACGGCGGCGGCGGCCUCCCACGCGCCGCUGACGCCAAUGGCGCGCGCCGGCCGGCGAGCCGCGGAUGGCGGCGGCGGUGGCGGCGGCGGCGGCGGCGGCCCGGGCUCCGGCGAGGGGCGGGGCGAGGCCGGGAGGGGGCCGGCCGGAGGCGGAGGCCGGACCGGAGGCUGGAGGGAAGCGGCGGGGACAGUUUGUUGUGCUCGGAACAUGGCGGGCGUCGGCGAUGCGGCCGCCCCGGGAGAAGGCGGCGGUGGCGGCGCGGACGGCCCGCAGCGGGACGGCCGCGGCGAGGCGGAGCAGCCCGGAGGCGGCGGCGGCCACGGGCCCCCGCCGGCGCCUCAGCACACGGAGACGCUGGGCUUCUACGAGAGCGACCGGCGGCGGGAGCGGCGCCGCAGCCGCGCAGAGCUUUCAUUGUUGAGGUUCCUCAGUGCUGAACUAACAAGAGGGUACUUCCUUGAACAUAAUGAGGCCAAGUAUACAGAAAGAAGAGAAAGAGUAUACACUUGUAUGCGAAUACCAAGAGAAUUGGAAAAGCUCAUGGUUUUUGGAAUCUUUCUGUGCCUGGAUGCAUUUCUGUAUGUGUUCACCCUGCUUCCUUUAAGAGUUUUCCUGGCACUAUUCAGGCUCUUCACUCUGCCUUGCUAUGGCUUGAGGGACAGACGUUUGCUUCAGCCUGCUCAGGUGUGUGACAUCCUGAAGGGUGUCAUUUUGGUAAUCUGCUAUUUCAUGAUGCACUACGUUGACUACUCCAUGAUGUAUCACCUGAUAAGGGGGCAGUCAGUCAUCAAGCUGUACAUCAUCUACAAUAUGCUCGAGGUAGCAGAUCGUCUGUUUUCAUCAUUUGGACAAGAUAUAUUAGAUGCUCUCUACUGGACAGCAACAGAGCCUAAAGAAAGAAAAAGAGCCCAUAUCGGAGUGAUUCCUCACUUUUUCAUGGCCGUUCUCUAUGUCUUUUUGCAUGCAAUUCUCAUCAUGGUUCAAGCAACCACUCUCAACGUGGCUUUUAACUCACACAACAAGUCACUGCUCACCAUCAUGAUGUCUAAUAAUUUUGUUGAAAUUAAAGGAAGUGUUUUCAAGAAGUUUGAAAAGAACAAUCUUUUUCAAAUGUCUAAUAGCGAUAUUAAGGAACGAUUCACGAAUUAUGUGCUUUUGCUAAUUGUGUGUCUACGAAACAUGGAGCAGUUUUCUUGGAAUCCAGAUCACCUCUGGGUGUUGUUUCCAGAUGUCUGUAUGGUGAUUGCAUCAGAAACUGCUGUGGAUAUUGUAAAACAUGCCUUUAUCACCAAGUUCAAUGACAUUACUGCAGAUGUCUACAGUGAAUAUAGAGCCAGCCUUGCUUUUGACCUUGUUAGCAGCCGACAGAAAAAUGCGUAUACUGAUUACAGUGACUCUGUGGCACGGAGGAUGGGGUUCAUUCCUCUCCCACUAGCUGUUUUACUCAUCAGAGUCGUCACAAGCUCCAUUAAAGUGCAAGGAAUCCUGUCGUAUGCCUGCGUCAUACUCUUCUAUUUUGGGUUGAUCUCCCUGAAAGUCCUUAAUAGCAUCGUGCUGUUGGGGAAGUCAUGUCAGUAUGUGAAGGAGGCCAAAAUGGAAGAAAAGUUGUUCAAUCCUCCUCCGGCCAGCACAUCAGGCAAACCACCCCAUAAGUCACAGAACAAAUGUAAACCCUCUCAAGAAGAAAACUUGUCUGCUUCGGUCACCAGCCAGCCUGUUCAUCCGAAAGAAAACGUCAUACCCUUACUUGUCACAAGCAGUUCUGAUCAGUUUCUGACGACUCCAGAUGGUGAUGAGAAGGACAUAACGCAGGAAAGCUCUGAAUUAAAGCACAGAUCCUCAAAGAAAGAUUUGCUGGAGGUAGACAGGUUCACAAUCUGUGGAAACCGAAUCGACUGAGCUCUGCGGCCAAGUCCUGGGGCGGGAGACGCUCUGCUACUGGGCUGGACAGAUGCAAAAACUGGCACUUAAAUAUUUAUUUAAAAACUUAAAUUAUUAAUGGAAAGCGAAUCUUAAUAUCUUUCUUCCGGUGACGUGGUCUGGCUGAAGGUCAGGUCACAGAACAGCAGCGACCUCCAGCCUGGACUCUGGAACCUGACGGGUGAGGAGGAGCCCCCGGCUUGGCAGAGGGCAGUCACUUCCGGGCCUCACGGGGGCCACCUCCCAAUCACUUUGCCGUAUCCGUCCGCGCUUCCAGAACCUCGAAUUCUCCCUCGAGGCCUCUUCCAUACAAGGAUACACCUGGAAAACUGUGAAGCUUCUGCCAUGACAUUACCUUUCCAGCUCAUACUGUUUUCACAAACAGGUUUCAGACUUGACUUCAUCUGCCAAAGCAUUAAAAAAAAAAAAAAAAGAUUAAAACUUAAGUCAAGAUAAAUGUUCUUACCACCAGAAUAAUCCUUGAAGAUGUAUCUGAAUUAAUCAGAAUAAAAGGCUACCUAAAAUAAUUCAUGGUGAAUAGUAGCAUUUUAUAGGAAGAAACCCUAAGCCAGUUUGUUUAUUUACAAAAUAUUCAUUAAUGAAAGUUAUGCAUCACAGAGAAAACGUUUCAUGAUUUUUCAGUUUACUCUUUAAAGCAAAAUGUGAGCUGUGCGUUGUUCAGUUGCAAUGGAGAGAAUAGAAAUACCCUUAUGAAAAGGCACUUUUUAUACUGAAAAAGCAGAGCAGUGUUAACUUUCAUGUAUAGUUAACCAGUUUCGCUUUAAAACUAAUUGCUUCACAAAUUGUUACAGUUAAAAGGAUCGGAUGUCGAGUGGGCUGCAGGAUUGUCAUUGUAUAAAACCCGAAGGUUUUUAAGGUGUCCACUUGAACUGAGUUUUUAAAGUGACAGUUUUAAAGUAAAUAUUCUAAGCGGUUUGGGCAGCAUCUUGCUUGGGCUUAAAAAACGCGUCAGUCUUUCUGACUGGAGUGUCCGUGGGUGUGCCCGAGCUGGGGGUGCCCAUGGGCUCGGGGCCUGUGGGCCACUGUGUGGGGAGACCUUUGUGUCUGGACGCUGGGAACAGCAGCCAAAGGUGCUUCUUGGCUUUGUUUGAGAUCAAGAUUCCAUUUCUGUUUAACUACUAGUUUGUGGCCUACAGCAUAGGACAAGUUAUUCCCCACCAGUUUUAUCUCGAGGAACCUUUCUGCAUUUUUAUAAAAAUUUUACAGCGUCUCAUUUCAAAAUGUCCAGAUGUUCUACUGUUCACUAUCAUUUCCUUUGAUGUUUUCAUUUUGAAGUUCAGCUGUUGUGCUGAUAUUUCAAGCAUGUGACCUGCAGAAAGUAAUUUUAGGGGAUUUCUCUAUUUCCUGGGCGAAAUAUAAAGCAAGCUUUAACAUUUGACUUCUUCAUGAGAAAUAUGGAAGUGGAUUUUAAUGUUUUGCAUCAGCUAAGGAAAUCUGAAGGUUAAUGUUCACAUAGGGUAGAAAAGAAAGUCCUACUGAAAUACUUCGGUGAAACCAGGAUGUAUUUUAAGUUAAAAAUGAAAAGACUUUUGUAUACGUUUCAAUGAAGCCCCAUUUUAGAAUUAUACUUUUUUUCUAUCCCCUCUUCACCACCAAAAGGAACAGUGUCCAUGUGAAUGGAAUAGUUUGGGGGGGAACUUUGCCAAAUGUAGCCCUGAUCCGUGCGAGAAUAUGAUUUGGGUAUAUCCUUCCACUCAGCUUGAAUUAGCCUGUUAUUAUUGUGCUGUCAUUUUCGGAAGAUUUCAUUUCCUUUGCAGGAUAUAUUGGGAGUUGGGAAUGAUGUUCAUUUCUUCUGCUAAAAUGGCAUUCGAUACUAAUUUUAUAAGUGCAUCUUGUGUGAAACUCAAUAAAUUCAAUUUUGUAAUCUUUUUUAAAAA